GGAUGGAAGAGAUCCAAUUGAGUUGAGUCCAACCUCUGCUUCCCCAAUUUCAUCUGAGAUUCUCGCCAAUCUAGGAUUUCAAUUUCAGUAUUGCAAAAUGCCAAUUUUGGCACAAUGGGUUGGCAAUUGGCAGGAAGAGUCCCAGGCUCAUGUCUCUGAUGAACUCCAAGUGCUCCUAAGUUGUAUCAUUUCGGAUUUUUGCACAGGAUUUGGUGUCAUAAACUCCAAGUAGAAUGAGGAAAUUGCUUCCACUUGAGCUACAACAGGCCCUCCAAAACUUAGAGGAGAUUAGAGUUUGGAAUUGCAAACAAAUGGAGGAGAUAAUAGUAUCAUCAGAUUCAAAUGCAUCAUCAAAUAAAUUCACUUUUCCCAAGUUAAGAAUAUUGCUGUUGGUUUAUUUACCCUAAUUGAAGAGCAUUUGUAGUGCCAAAAGAGUUGUGGUUUGUGAUUCUAUUGAAGUAAUUGUAAUAUUUGAAUGUCGGGAGUUAAAGAGGAUCCCUGUGCAGCUUCCCCUGCUUGAUAAUGGCCAAGCAUCUCCUCCUCCUCAUCUCAGAGAAAUGAGGAUAGAUGAAGAGUCAAAAGAAUGGUGGGAAUCAAUGGAGUGGGAUCAUCCCAAUGCUAAGAACCUCCUUAAACCUUUCUUGAAACAUUCUACAUAUCCAUGAGUUUGAGGUGUGAAAUGAAGAGCUGCAAACUGCAAACUGCAAACUGCAAAUGCAAAGGGAGUUGUUGAGUAGACAAAUCAUAACUUUCCAGAAAUUAAAGUCACGUGCCACCUCAAUAACACGUGCCAAUAAAAGCAAUUUCACGGUUCGUUCAUUCCCUCCCCAACAAAAACAAUUGGGGUAUUCUAGAAGAGAAAGAGAUCAAUGUUUCUGAGAUGGAAACCCUAAAUGGGUAUAUUCUGGAAGACAAAGAUAUGCAGCCUUUGCUCCCUCACAAACUCCAACUAGGUAUGCUAGCUGGAAAUGUGCCCCCUGUAAUUGCCGGGUAAACUAGAUCCAGUAAGGCCUCAAGGAGAGGAAGUUUUUAGGUUUCUAGGUAUGCUUUUUGGGUUCUUAAUCUAAAAGCUUUGCAUGAGAGAAAGUUUUUGACAAAAAUUGGUAACAUUUUCAGGUUUCCUACAAAACUUUUUGGUGUCAUGAUAAUGAAUUGUGCAAAGAGGUGAAUUUUUCCUUUCUGAGAGUGCAGUUAAAGUUCACAUAUGCAAGUCAAAGCGUGGAGACACAUACUCAUGAUUGUUAUCUAUUUAGGCUACUUGCAGAGUUUGUUUGAAAAAUAUGGUCUUGCUUGUUGAUUAACAGUCCUACAAGUUACCAUAUAAAGCUUCUUAGUGGAGUCUUAAACUCAUAGGUUAGAUUUUCCUUAAAAAUGGCAUCUCAUUAUGAACAAUUUUCUUCUGUUUAUUUAUUACUUUUACUUUGUUUGGUGGAUUAGCCCCAAUCUAAACUUCUAAACCCCCUCCCUAAAUCCAAAUCCAAAUGUGUUUCAGGAGUACAAUGCAUCAAUUGAGUGCUAUGGGCUCCCUUCAUGAGUCUGAUUCAUACCAUUCAACGUAUCAUACUGUCUUGAGAUGACUAGUGAACCUUGCUGCCAUAGCCAAACAUGGCAAGAGCUAGGAAGGAGUUGAUGUGUCGGUGUUUGAGAGCUAUCUUUGAUGGAUGCACAAUCACUUCUUUAAGUUUGCUCUUCUCCUUUGUUUGCUCGCCUUUUCUUAUAAUCAGACACUGUUUGGCUUGCAAUUGGGUUCGUAGGUCUGUUGCUGCUUCUAAUUUAUUUGGUCUAACGAAUUUGAUUUUCUUUAAUUUCUUUUAUUAAAUUUACAAGUAUAUUGCCUAUUUAGAUCUUUUAUCUUAAUUCUAUAUGCCUAUGUUAUCUUUAAAGUAUAUAUAUUAAAAGAAAAAUUUUAUU